GCGUGCGUGUGCGCGUGGAUGCGCGGAGAGAAACAGACGGAGGCCACUGUGUUGUGGAGGAGGACGAGGGGCUGUGACCACACUGGGACCUGCUCCCCGGCGGCCGCCUGAUGUGGAUUGUGUCCGGUACCGUCCGUGGAUAGGAUCGGUCAGGGCAGCGCGCGCGCGCCAUGGAUUAAAGACGAGUCAUUGGCGUCUCAGAGGUUCUCAAUGUUGAACAUGUCUACCCCCACUGAGCUGAAGUCUCCCUGCAUGACUCGUAAUGGUAUGGUGAAGUUACCUCCCAGCCAGUCCAACGGCCUGGGUACUGCAAGUAUCACCAAGGGCACACCUGCUGCCAAAAACCGCUUGUGCCAGUCAUCCUCAGUGCCAUCUGUCCUUCCUCCUGCACCUUCAUCACUUCCUUACCAUCACCAUCACAACCUGGACAACUCAGGUAUGCCCCAUUCUGCAGCCUCACUUUUGGGUGCUGACCUGGACGGUGGGAAGUCUUUGCUGGGUCUAAAGUCAUCUCUUCGUCAGCUACCACCUCUCACCCUUCCUAAACCCAUUCUACUGGAACGACAGCUUGUUCUGGAUGAGAAACUGCUCAACAGGCUGCUUUGGUACUUUACAACAGCUGAAAAAUGUGUUCUGGCACAGGUAUGCAAGACGUGGCGUAAGGUAUUGUACCAGCCAAAGUUCUGGGAUGGUGUAAUGCCAAUCUUGCAUGCCAAAGAGCUAUACACCCUGCUUCCCAAUGGAGAGAAGGAGUUUGUCAGUCUUCAGGCCUUUGCCUUGCGUGGAUUCCAAUCAUUCUGUUUAGUGGGUGUGUCAGACCUGGACAUUUGUGAAUUCAUUGACAACUACCCACUGUCCAAGAAAGGAGUUCGCUCAGUAAGCCUCAAGAGGUCCACCAUCACAGAUGCUGGUUUGGAGGUCAUGCUGGAGCAAAUGCAAGGCCUGAUGCACCUCGAACUGUCAGGCUGCAAUGACUUCACGGAGGCCGGCCUGUGGUCGAGUCUGAAUGCCCGUCUAACUUCCCUCAGUGUCAGUGAUUGUAUCAACGUGGCCGAUGAUGCCAUCGCUGCGAUCUCACAGCUUCUACCCAACCUGUCGGAGUUAAGCCUUCAGGCUUACCAUGUUACAGACACAGCCAUGGCUUACUUUACAGCCAAACAGGGCUACACCACUCACACCCUGCGACUUCACUCAUGCUGGGAGAUCACCAACCAUGGUGUGGUCAAUAUGGUGCACAGCCUGCCCAACCUGACAGCCCUCAGCCUCUCUGGCUGCUCCAAAAUCACUGAUGAUGGUGUGGAGUUGGUGGCUGAAAACCUGCGUAAGCUUCGCAGCCUGGACUUAUCCUGGUGCCCCCGGAUCACCGACAUGGCGCUGGAGUACAUCGCCUGUGACCUGCAUAAACUUGAGGAACUGGUGCUGGACAGGUGUGUGCGGAUUACAGACACUGGUUUGGGUUACUUGUCCACCAUGUCAUCCUUAAGAAGCCUGUACCUGCGCUGGUGCUGUCAGGUGCAGGACUUUGGACUGCAGCAUUUGUUUGGAAUGAGGAGCCUUCGUCUUCUGUCUCUUGCAGGCUGCCCCCUGCUGACCACCACAGGUCUGUCAGGUCUGAUACAGCUGCAGGAGCUGGAGGAGCUGGAGCUGACUAACUGCCCUGGAGCCACCGCGGAGCUCUUCAAAUACUACUCCCAACACCUGCCCGACUGCAUGGUCAUCGAGUAAGAUCAGUGAGGCACCCAGCUGACCAGUGACCACACGUCAACCUUCCUCCUCUUCCUUUUUCUCUUCCUCACUCUUUGUCUCAAAUUCCAGCUAAGAUAAACUGAAGGGAACCUUUCCUCAUUCCAUCCCUGUCUUCCUCUGCACCCACACUGAAA